AUGUACCACCACUUCCACAAGCACCGCUACCAGCUGGAGCAGACCGGGGAGUGGUCCUUCGUUCCCCCUUCGGUGAAGCGACGAUGGAGACAUGCCGCCAAGAAAACUGACAAGGUGGAGAAGCUGCGAGCGUACAUGGCCAUGCGAAGGGACAGGUUUCUGCAAAUAAGGUGA